GGGCGGGAUCAGGCUCCACCUCUCCAUCCUCUUCCUCAGGCAUGGCGCUGACUGUGGACGUCAUGGGGCCAGCGCCCUGGGGCUUCCGCAUCACUGGGGGCAGGGAUUUCCACACGCCCAUCAUGGUGACCAAGGUAACGGAGCGGGGCAAGGCCCAGGCUGCUGACCUCCGGCCUGGUGACAUCAUCGUGGCCAUCAAUGGGGAGGAUGCCCACGGCAUGCUCCACGCGGAGGCCCAGAGCAAGAUCCGCCAGAGCCCCUCGCCCCUGCGGCUGCAGCUGGACCGGUCCCGGGCCACCUCUCCUGGGCAGACCAAUGGGGAAAGCACCAUGGAGGUGCUGGCCACACGUUUCCAGGGCUCAGUAAGGACACACACUGACAGCCAGUCCUCCCUCCGGUCCUCCUGUUCCAGCCCAGCCUCCCUCAGCCCCCAGCCAUGCAGCCCCUUCUCCACCCAGGCCCCCACCAGCCCGCAUGCCCUUGCUGGAGAGGCGGUGAUGAGCCGAAGUUCCCAGAGCCUGGCACACAACCCAGGACUCACUGCUGCUGACCGCCUGUCCUAUGGAGGCCACCCCGGACGCCGCCAGGCUGGCCUCGGCCUCGCUGGCGACUCGGCAGUGCGGGUGCUGCCGCCUUCCCCGGGCCCCCGGCCCUCCAGCCCCAGACUCAGUAUGGAUUCGGAGAGGGGAAGCCACCUCCUGCGAGAGGACUCAGAGGUCUUCAAGAUGCUGCAGGAGAAUCGUGAGGGGCGGGUGGCCCCCCGGCAGUCCAGCUCCUUCAAACUCUUGCAGGAAGCCCUGGAGGCCGAGGAGAGAGGUGGCACACCUGCCUUCCUGCCCAGCUCCCUGAGCCCCCAGUCCUCCUCGCCCACCCCCAGGGCCCCGGCCACCCCGCCCAAGCUCCACACGUGUGAGAAGUGCAGCACCAGCAUUGCGAACCAGGCCGUGCGCAUCCAGGAGGGGAGGUACCGCCACCCUGGCUGCUACACCUGCGCGGACUGCGGGCUGAACCUGAAGAUGCGUGGGCACUUUUGGGUGGGGGAUGAGCUGUACUGCGAGAAGCAUGCCCGCCAGCGAUAUUCAGCCCCUAAAGCCCUCACCUCCCAGGCCUGAGCACACCUCCGGACUCUGCAGGCACCUUCGCGCCAGGGCCAUGCCAAUAACAAGUUGGCAUGGUGGGUGAUGGGCCCCUUCCCCCUCACUGGGUGAGGCCGGAGGCUGGGGCCUGUCUUACCUUCCCAGGCUUUUGCUAGAUACUCUCACUUCCCCCUGCUGGGCAGCCUCUGCACCAAUCUCUGAGGCGGACGUUGCAUCCGUCACCAUUGAGCAGCAGGGGUUAGGCAGGCUGGGCCGUGGAGAUUAGUAUCUAGGAGAUGGGAGGGUCACAGGCUAGAGGUAUUCAUGGUGCAAAGUUCCUGACAUGUGAGCUCAAUAAAUAUAUAUACGGGGACAAAAUAAA